AUGAACCGCGUCCCGCUUCAUCAGCCACAGAGCUGUGGGCCCUGGGAGCUGAAGGAACGUCUAGGGACUGGAGGCUUUGGGAAUGUCACCAGAUGGCAAAAUAAGGAUACCGAAGAGCAAAUUGCCAUUAAACAGUGCCGGCAGGAGCUGAGUGAGAGAAACAAAGAAAGAUGGUGUCUAGAGAUCCAGAUCAUGAAGAGGUUGGAGCACGUAAACGUAGUGGCAGCAAGGGAGGUUCCUGAGGGGAUGCAGAAGCUUGUGGCCACCAAUGACCUGCCGCUCCUGGCCAUGGAAUACUGCCAGGGAGGGGAUCUGAGGAAGUAUCUGAACCUCUUGGAGAACUGCUGUGGAAUGCGCGAGGGCUCCGUUCUGAUUCUGCUGUGCGACAUUUCCUCUGCUCUGACCUACCUCCACAAGAAACGAAUCAUCCACCGAGAUUUGAAACCCGAAAACAUUGUACUGCAGCAGGGAGAGAAGCGGUUAAUCCACAAGAUCAUCGACCUGGGCUAUGCUAAGGAGCUUGACCAGAGCAGCCUUUGCACCUCCUUUGUAGGAACGCUACAGUAUUUGGCUCCCGAGCUGAUUGAGAGGAAGAAGUACACAGUUGCUGUAGACUACUGGAGCUUUGGGACGCUGGUAUUUGAGUGCAUCACAGGAUUUCGGCCCUUUUUGCCAACCUGGCAACCUGUUCUCUGGCACAAUAAACUACGGUUGAAGCAAGACAGUGACAUUGUCGUCUACGAGGACCUCUCCGGAGUGGUCCGCUUCUCCAAACAUCUUCCUCAGCCCAACAACCUCAAUAGCCUUUUAGCAGAGAAGAUGGAGAAGUGGCUGCGGCUGAUGCUCAAGUGGUCUCCGCAAGAAAGGGGCAAAGAACCGGACGCCACGCCGAGCAACUGCUUCUCCCAGCUGGAUCUUAUCUUACAGCUAAAAAUGGUUCACGUUUUGAACAUGACCACCGCCAAGAUCCUGAGGUAUGCGGUCGAUGAAGACGAGACAGUGGCCAAGCUGCAGAGGAGAAUCGAAGAAGAGACGAGCAUCCCUGUGGCCAAGCAGGAGUUGCUACUGGAAGCCGGUUUAGCCUUGGAGCCCCACAGCUCGGCCACGCACUGUGCCAUCGAUUACGCCGAGAUAGAUGGCCGGCGGACAGACUUCCCUCUGGUCUUCCUGUUUGAUCGCUCAUCUUGUAAUUAUGAGCCCCCGUUGACUCCUCGCCCUCUCCCUGAAAACAUAUGCUUCAUCCAAAAAGACCCAAAGCAAGCUCUGCCUUACAGCCCUUUAAGGAGAACUUAUGGCCAGGCAUGGCACACCAUCCGUUCCCUGAAGGAGGACUGGCAGAGACUGCAGCAGGGGCAGAAAGCGGCCAUCAUGAGCUUGCUGAGGCAUAACUCAUCCCUGUCAAAGCAGAAGAACGAGAUGGUGUCAAUGCACCAGAGACUUAUGGCCAAGCUGGACUUCUUCACCACCAGCCUUCACAUAGACAUGGACAAAUACCAGGAGCAGACUGCCACCGGGAUUGCUUCAGAUAAACUAUUGGGAGUGUGGCGGGAAAUGGAGCAAACUGCCAGCAGCUGUGGUCAGCCCAAAGUGAGUGAACUAGAGGAGGAGAUGAUGCAUCUGCAGCAAGACAUCUUAGAUGUUCAACGUCAGCCCUGGCGGAGCGGAGAGGCUUUGGACACACUUGAAGGAAAAGCCAUGGAGAUGCUGCGUAAACUCAGAGAGAAACCCAAAGAGCAGCGUUGUUCUGGAGAUGGUCAGGAGGUGCUGCGUCUGGUGGUUCAGGCGGUGCAGUUCUAUGAGCGAAAGCUUCGAGACUUCUACUCACAUCUCAGUAAGACGGGCAUUUGUCGUCAGCGUGUCAUGGAGCUUCUGCCAAGGGUGGAAGGCGUGGUCCAAGAGAUGGCCGAGAGUGAACAAGUUUUGAUGGGUCUACAAGAGAAGCGCCAAAGGGAGCUAUGGAACCUCCUCAAAGUCGCCUGUAGUAAAGUUCGAAGCCCAGUCAGUGGGAGUCCUGAUGGAUGUCGCACACCUUCUUCAGUCCCUCCACUGAUGACCCCCCGACACAGUUUACAGCAGUUGGACGAGUCCUUGGUCGAAGAAAGCAAGAAUUUUGAGAGUCGACUACAGAAUUUGCUGCAAGACACCAUGCAGGAAUCUGAGAGUAGUAUGGAGAUGCUGAGAGAGUGGACGUGGCUGCAAGGGAGCAACAGUUUCUCCAGGGACCUCUCCUAG